UCCGAGGUUGUAAUGGCUAACACUGCUUGUUCUGUUUCUCUCAUUUACAGCGCUGUCGUCUUGAUAAUGACUGCAAUUUGGGUGCGAGCAGUUCGCCACAAGUCUUUUGCCUUCAUGGCAUAUGCAAUGUACUUCCCAACUGCAGUUGCCAUUAUUUUCUCCGUUUUCAUUUCUGGAGAUUUUUUGCAAUUUUUGUCGCGCGCACUCGUCAUCCAAGACUUAAAUCAUUUUUUCACGGUUACCCAGAGCAUGGUAUACGGCGCUCUUGUAGAUGCUGGUAUCAUUGGAGGAUGUGCAGUGGUUGCUCUUGCUCUGAAGUGGGGACACUAUAGCAACACUAGUGGCCAGGGUGCAAUUCAUGAACACAACAGAGAGAUGCUGUCUGCAUUUUUGCGAGCAGCUGGAGAAGAGAUUGGAUGGAGAUCUUACCUUCUGCCUCAGUUGAUGUCAUGCUACUCGACUGCAGCUGCACUACUAAUCAGUGGUGUUGUGUGGGGACUCUAUCAUGUACCUGUGAUGAUCUUGAUGGUGCAGCAGAUGAAAGUUAGAGCACGUUUUGCAACUGUCUUGGUGCAGUGUCUCUCAUGUUGUCUUGCUGCAUUUCCGUAUGGUUAUGUUGCUGUGAGGUGCGGGUAUUCUGUAUUACCUGCUGCAUUCACUCACUUCUUUUGGAAUCGCCUCAAUCCUCUUGUUCUUGGCAGUAUUUAUACAAACGACAAUGGAAUGAUUGUUGGAGAGCAAUGGAAGAUAAAUGGUGAAGGUCUUCUGGGAUGUAUUGUAUCAUUACCAGUAGUCUAUGCUGUUGUACAUGGUAUAUAAUUUAAUUAUACAUGUAUAAAUUAAGCUUUCCUAGCAUAACUGUACAGCAUUUCUGUCUAUUUAUAUGAUCUA